GGGGAGCGGCGAGGUCACACACACACUCCCCAGCUGAACUACAAACUCCGCGAUCAGAGUAGCAAUGAGAGGAGAGACCACUCCUCCGAGCGGAGGGCAAAAGUCCGGGCUGAACGAGCAGUGCACCUGCAACGCCAUUCGCAAUGACAACCUGAUAUGGUCGGGAUUACUGUGCGAGACUUACAUUAAACUUGACGUCUCUUCUCGCUGAGCGCGUUUCCCCCCUCAGACGGACCGGCUGUGUAUAUUUCUUGCUGUGUAUAUUUGUGGCUGAUGUGGUUCGGGAUGGUGCGCAUCGCAGGAACUCUAGCCAGGUGUCCUUUCACAGUUGGGACCUGUCCUGAGCACCAUUAGCAGCAAACAUCAUGUCAGAGCUGGAGGACUAUUCCCCUCCGAGGGGCCAACCCCAUCCUGACCCGGCUCGCAUCCAGCAGAACCUCCUGGAGGAGCAGGUGGAGCUCUGGUGGUUCAAUGAGCCACGCAAAUCCUUAUUAUGCUACUGCGCCUCAGUGGCCUUGAUCUUAGGUUGCGGACUGGGUGGCGUAGGCCUUCUUUCCACCACCACCAGCCUUUCCAGCGAGUGGCGGCUGGGCGCCGGAACCACUCUUUGCCUUCUCGCUCUGGCCGUCCUCCUCAAGCAGUUGCUGAGCUCCGCUGUCCAGGACAUGAACUGCGUGCGCAGCAGGCGCCGGAUCAACAUGCUAAAAAGCGGCGGUUUAUCUGAUGUCCUCAUCAUGUUGAUCACAGGAAUCUCUCUACUCAUCUGUGGAGCUGUGCUCCUAGACGUGGCCUUGGCCUACCACAUGCCCAAACCGGGCAAGGCGCUGAAUGACAUGUUUAUAUCUGGGGUGGUGAUGCUGGUGGGUGGGAGUUUCACAGUGUUAGUGGUCAGCGUUUAUGCCGCAGUAGUUUUUCUCUUAGAGAGGACAGGGCAGGGACAGAGACGGUGGGAGAGGACAGUGGGGAUCUUCAGCAUUUCAGGCCAGAUGCAGGCAAGGAGAAGAGAGACUGCUUCGAGUCUGGCUCAUCUGAUAUAACCGUGGCUACUAAAUAAAUACGCCAUUCUUUUACUGAACAGGAACUAAAAUGCUCUCAAAGAAACUUUGCACUUAUUA